UUUUUAGCUAAGUGUUCUUGGUCACCAAGGAGACAUUAAUGUGAGUAAAUAGCAUGAUUGAGAUAAAACAUGAGACAUGUGAUGUGAGACGAAAACCAAAGAAAUCAUGUCCCACUAUAAAUCUACAUGGCUUCUGUUAUCUGGCAUCGGGAAUGCAGUUCAGAGGACAGUUUGUGUAUCAGUGUCAUGGAAACACACCAACACAGGUGUGUCAUUUGCAACAGCGUCUUCAUAUUGUGUGUCCUCAUGUUCUUAUCCUUUUAACUCUAUAUUAUGAUAAGAGCCGAUGAUGAUGUCGUGGACAGUCUCAAAUGAAAAACAAAGUCUGCAGAUACCAGAGGACCCAUCCAACGUACAGAUCCUCCAACCACCUGCUCCUCAGCCUACCACUAUUUUCCAGCAGUUCUCAGCAGCAGUGGCGUCACCUUUUGCCCCUGUGCGUCCAGGACACAUUAGAGGGGACCUUGUGGAACUGAUGAUGAUACAGAAUGCACAGAUGCAUCAAAUCAUCAUGAAUAGUAUGAGCAUGUCUGCACUCAACACCUUCAACUAUACACACACACCAGAGCAGAAUGCAAGAAUCAAUAUGGUUUUAGAGGAAGAACCUGACAUUUACCACCAUUAUUACCCACCUGGGCCUGGCUUCUGUUACCCAGGUUGCGUGCCUUUACCCCAGCAACUGAUCCAGGCCCCACCUCCUGUUCUCCAGAACAUCCAGGAACCACCACGACAUGCACAGCCAGUUCACACAAAAUGCAGGAAAACCGUACCACCCCCACCUCCACCCAGUGCUACACAGACUGUUGGUGCUGACAUCCCACCUGCACCAGAUUAUGACGGUGAGGUUCCCCUCCAUCCUCCCCACCACCACCACCACCACCACCAGGUUGGCCCUGUCCAUCCAUUGAGGGUAGGCUCCGCCCCUGCCUUCAUCUCAGGCAGGAUCAGCAGAAUCUGAAUCAUCAGGAUUUGGACUAAGGAUGGGGCCUAUAUGCAAAGAAAGAACUUUUCUAUACAACUAAACAUGAAUCAUUGUAGCUCAUUACCAUCUGUUAAAACUUUUAUGGAAUAAAUACCAUGUAAACAUU